UCAUUUCACCAUAAUCUCUCUUCUUCUUCGUCGUCUUCAGCUUCGCUGCAUUAAUUUCAUUGGAGAAUACUUUGUUUGUAGUUUGUUUUUUCUAUUCUGAUAAGUAGUCAUGGCUGGUGGAGGAUUCUCCGCCUCUGCGCCAGCGGCCGGAGUCGAGUUUGAGGCUAAGAUUACUCCGAUUGUUAUCAUUUCCUGUAUAAUGGCCGCAACCGGAGGACUCAUGUUCGGCUAUGAUGUUGGUGUUUCUGGGGGAGUAACGGCGAUGGACGAUUUCUUGAAAAAGUUCUUCCCGGUAGUUUAUAGGAAGACACAAGAAGACUUGGAUAGUAAUUACUGCAAAUAUGAUAAUCAAGGCCUACAGUUGUUCACCUCAUCACUUUAUCUGGCAGGUUUAACUGCCACUUUCUUUGCAUCAUACACUACUAGAAAACUUGGCCGGAGACUUACCAUGUUGAUUGCCGGUCUUUUCUUCAUUGUUGGUGUUGUGCUUAACGCUGCCGCUCAAGACCUGGCCAUGCUCAUUAUUGGAAGGAUCUUGCUUGGUUGUGGAGUUGGUUUUGCUAAUCAGGCUGUACCACUAUUUUUAUCGGAAAUAGCCCCAACAAGGAUCCGUGGAGGCCUCAACAUACUGUUCCAGCUAAACGUCACCAUUGGCAUCCUUUUCGCCAAUCUGGUCAAUUAUGGGACCGCCAAGAUCAAAGGAGGUUGGGGUUGGAGGCUAUCACUGGGGCUGGCAGGCAUUCCUGCUGUUCUCUUAACCUUAGGUGCCCUCUUAGUGGUAGAUACCCCAAACAGUCUCAUCGAGCGUGGUCACCCGGAGCAAGGAAAAGCUGUGCUUAGAAAAAUUAGGGGCACUGAUAACAUUGAGCCCGAGUUCUUGGAGUUGGUUGAGGCAAGCCGUAUAGCUAAAGAAGUGAAGCACCCGUUUAGGAAUCUCGUUAAGCGGAGGAACAGACCCCAACUGGUUAUUGCUGUUGCCUUACAGAUAUUCCAGCAGUUCACAGGGAUCAAUGCAAUCAUGUUUUAUGCUCCAGUCCUGUUUGACACAUUGGGAUUUGGCAACGAUGCUUCUCUUUACUCAACUGUUAUAACUGGGGCAGUGAAUGUUUUAUCAACUUUGGUAUCUAUCUACUCAGUUGACAAAGUAGGCCGUCGUAUGCUGUUACUGGAAGCUGGAGUCCAGAUGUUCAUAGCUCAAAUCGUAAUAGCUAUAAUUCUCGGAAUCAAGGUCACUGAUCACUCAAAUGAACUCCACAGUGGCUAUGGAAUUGCAGUAGUCGUUCUGAUUUGCACUUUCAUUUCUGCUUUUGCUUGGUCUUGGGGGCCGCUCGGGUGGUUGAUUCCAAGUGAAACUUUCCCUCUCGAGACCCGUUCGGCUGGGCAGAGUGUGACUGUCUGUGUGAAUUUGCUUUUCACGUUCAUCAUAGCACAGGCCUUUCUAUCAAUGCUCUGCCAUUUCAAGUUUGGCAUCUUCCUAUUUUUCUGUGGCUGGGUUCUGAUCAUGUCAUUCUUCGUGUUGUUCUUGCUCCCGGAGACCAAAAAUAUUCCGAUUGAAGAGAUGACAGAGAGAGUUUGGAAGCAACAUUGGUUCUGGAAGAGAUUUAUGGAUGACUACGGCGACGUUCUGCCUAGUAUUAGUGGUUACGACACAAAGAAAAAUGGACAUAAUGGGUUUGAUCCUGCUUCCCAGCUAUAAAUUUGACAACAUUUUUAAUGUUUUCGCUAUAAGACAUAUGUAAGGGACAAUGUAUUGCUUAGCAAGAUUGGAAGUAUAUUGUUAUAUAUAAUCUCUGUAUUAUUUUGGAGAGACUUGUAUUUCUUGGCUAUAUCCGUAUAAUCUGUAAACGCAUUAAAAAUAGGUUAUUUUAAUAAAAUUUUCAAAGAUAAA